UAUUCGAAUGUGACAGAAUAUGUUUAAAAUGCUGAGAGAGAGAGAGAGAGAGAGCAGAAUGUCAAAUUAUGGAGGAAAGUCAUGAAGACUACCUCCUUUUCAAGGAUUCAUUGAGAGCUCUCUGUUGUGUUGAAGGCAUAAAUUUGUAACUUGGACUCCAAAAGUCUAAACAGCAAGGGAUUCUUAGUUUUGAGAUUGAGAUUGGAUUUGCUUCUUUUUGGAAGAUCGAAAUAGGCGAGCAAUGCAUAAGCUUUCAUGCUUCACCAUUCCUACGAGUGUUGUAAUUCUUGUUCUCCUGCCAUUUGUCUGCUCAUCUCAAGAACAUGAAAGAAAACACAAUAGACACACCAGCAAGAAACAAAGCAUGCAUGAGUUGACUCAUCAACUGUUGUUUGAGAUCACAUUGCAUGGAUUUCUCCUCUGGGCUUCAAUGGGUUUUUUGGUGCCCGUUGGAAUACUUGCCAUCAGAAUGUCCAACAGAGAGGAAUGUGUAAAAAGACUCAGAAUAAUGUUCUACAUCCACGCAAGUUUACAGUCACUCUCAGUACUUCUAGCAACAGCAGGAGCAAUAAUGUCGAUAAGGAAUUUUGAUAACUCAUUCAACAAUGCUCACCAGAGAAUGGGGUUAAUCCUCUAUGGUGCCAUGUGGUUACAAGCCUUGAUUGGGUUUCUUCGGCCACACAGAGGAUGCAGAGGAAGAAGUGUAUGGUUCUUUGUUCACUGGCUACUGGGAACAUCAGUUUCAAUACUGGGAAUCGUCAGUGUGUAUACAGGUUUACAAGCCUACCAGAAGAAAACGUCGAGAAGUAUAAAGCUUUGGACAAUUAUGUUCACUGCUGAGAUCUCUCUUAUUGCCGCCUUUUAUCUCUUCCAAGAUAAAUGGGAAUACAUACAAAAACAAGGAGUGAUUCUAGGGAAUGAACCCAUACAACCUUCUGAUCAGGAGAUUUCUCCAAGGGACAACAAAGACAAGGAACCAUUGAAUGAGUCUUGCUGACAAGCAAAUGGACUAACUGCUUCUUCUAACCUGGGAUUCUUCAAUGAAAAAUUGAUGGCUUUGGAGUAUCGGGGCACUGCGUGGCUAAUGAUAUUAAUACAAAUAUUUUGGCUUUCUUUCCAUUUGAGCAAGGUUACUGGUGAAACUAACCAUGAGAGCUUAAAGUUUCAAGGACUCUUACGUACAUCUUUAUUGUAUUUGUGUCUUUUUUUUUUUUGGGGGGGGGGGGGUCACUCUAAGCUAGUUUUGCAGGCAAUCCAAUUUAAGAUGUGUCUCAAACUAUGGGGCUAUUUGCCAUUGUAUAGUGGUGCUUCAAAACACAUCUUUGGCUCUCAAAGUGCCACCAAUACCUUAGAAAUAAAGAUGGAAACACUACCUGAUGCAGAAGACGUAAGCUGCUGCUGCUAGCUACAAAGGCCUCCUAUUUGACAGCAUUUUCCUAGGCCCUAAAACUGCUAUAAAUUCGCAUAAAAAGUUAUGGUUUACAGAAUUUCAGUUUAAAACAAAUAACCAUUUAGUAGAGAACAUCUAAAAUAUGUAAGAAUGAUCUGUCUGUAUGCAUCAAGAGCACAUCCACAAUUGGAUAGUUGAGUUUCUCUGUCUCUCCAUCUUGA